AUGCAUCAUUUUUUCAAGAAAGUUUCUCCUGUUACCGCGGUUUUAUCUCCGUCAGAGAAUGAACCUCCACUUCUCCAACUACAAGAGUUACCUAAUGAAGACAGAAAUAAAGUUGAUCUAGAGGAUGGAUCCGCACUUCUCCAACCUCAAGAGUUACCGAGUGAAGACAAAGAUAAAGUCGAUUUAGAGAAGCUUCCAAGUGAUCUCGGUGUAAUGCAUGUUGCAACCUCACUUGAGAAGGCACUUGAUUCUUUGUUAUCUAUGUAUGAUUUAAGUGUAUCUAGUUUGAGAGGACAAGGAUAUGAUGGUGCAAGCAACAUGAGAGGUGAAUUCAAUGGAUUGAAAAGUUUGAUACUCAGGAGAAAUCCCAGUGCCUAUUAUGUACAUUGUUUUGCUCACCAGCUUCAACUCACAAUUGUCGCUGUUGCCAAAAAGCAUACAAGUAUCGGAUCUUUUUAUAAUGUUAUCAACCGUUUUUGUAAUGUUGUUGGAGGUUCUUGUAAGCGCAGAUAUAUACUUAGAGAAAAACAGAGAGAGAAUAUUCUAGAAAAGAUUGCAAGUGAUGAAAUUACCACCGGGACAGGAUUGAAUCAAGAGAUGUCAUUAAAGCGGCCUGGAGAUACUCGUUGGAGUUCACAUUAUGGUACGCUUAUCAACUUGAUUCAUUUGUUUUCUUCUAUUGCUGAUGUUCUUGAAUAUGUGGGGGAGAAUGGUGAUGAUUCGUAUAGGGCUGAAGCGGAUGAUGUGUCAGAAAUUAUUAAUCGCUUUGAGUUUAUUUUUGUGUUACAUCUUAUGAAGCAAAUCUUGGGAAUCACACAUGAGCUCUCUCAAGUGCUACAAAAAAAGGAUCAAGACAUUGUUAACGCAAUGAAUCUUGUCAAAGUAGCAAAAGCACGUUUGCAAAUAAUGAGGGAAGAAGGUUGGGAAGUUUUGCUUACUGAUGUUUCUAAGUUUUGUGACAAAUAUGAGAUAAUUGUGCUUGACAUGGAUAAUGAGUUUGUACCUCGAGGAAGAGUACGUAGAACUCAAAAAAUGAAGAAUCUCCACUAUUAUCGAGUUGAGAUAUUUUGUUCUGUGAUUGACAUGCAAGCUCAAGAGUUAAAUCAUCGUUUUGGUGAAACUAACACGGACUUACUUUUAUGUAUGGCAUGUUUUGAUCCUAGAGAUUCAUUUUCUGCAUUUGAUUUGGAGAAGCUGCUUCGCCUUGCUAGUUAUUAUCCAUCAAAAUUUUAUGGAGUUGCUUUGGAUGAGCUUGAAAAUCAACUUCAAAGCUUUAUUUUUGAUAUGCGGAUAGAUGAAAAUUUUUCACAGGUAUCUGGAAUCGGUGGUCUUGCUCAGAAGAUGGUUUCUACAAGAAAGCAUGAAAUCUUCCCAUUGGUUUAUUUGUUAGUCAAGUUGUCAUUGAUCUUACCGGUUGCUACUGCCUCAGUGGAAAGAGCAUUUUCAGCAAUGAAAUUCAUCAAGAGUUCUCUACGUAAUAGUAUGGGAGACCAACUGUUACAAGAUUGCUUAGUUCCUUACAUUGAAAAGGAUGUCUUUGUUAAUGUUACUAAUGAAACUAUUAUGCAGCGAUUCCAGAAGAUGAAGAAUAGAAGAGAAAUGUUAUGA